AAGUUUUCUGUGUUUGUCAGCUCUGUUGCCUGAAAUGUUUUAUGUGGAAGAAUAGUGACACCCAGUGGCUAACAGUGUCCUGGGUUUUUCUCUUUUCAUUUAAAAAUUGUAGCAAAAAAAGAAAUGACUAAAAAUGAGUCAUUUAAUAAAUACAAUUCUGAUGAAUGGGCUGCAAUUAUUUUCUUUUUAUCAGGAAGUUGGGUGCCACUUUAUACCACGUCAGUAAUUGCUACAGAGCUUUUCAUAUUUGAACAGAAUUUCUCCUAAGCUCAGAGAAGGUUUUGCUGGGUAAAAAAUACUUCCUAAUCAGCUUUUUGAAGGAUUCAUUGACUCCUGGAUAAAAUAGGCUAGGUUUACACAUUUUAUCUUUGCUAUCAUUUUUGGAUGACAAUUACUUAGUAUUAUCCGGUGAUUAUAUAAAUAACAUAUGGAGAUUUUAGCUUACUGCUAACUAGUAUUUCUGUAUAAAAACUGAGCUGUAUUUCUUUUUUUUUUUUUCCACAGGAUUACAUGAAUUCUAUUUCCUGCUUGUCCUAGCAUACUUUGUAACUGCUUGCAUAUAUGCACAGUCUUUAUGGCAGACAAUUAAGAAGCACGGACCAAUGCAUACUGUAUUAAAAGUGCUCUCAAUUGCAUUACUGUUGCAGGCUGCUUCAGCUUUUGCCAACUACUUGCAUUUCUCAAGUUAUUCCAAGGAUGGAAUAGGAGCACCUUUUAUGGGAAGUCUGGCAGAAUUGUGUGACAUAGUCUCUGAGAUACAAAUGCUUUAUUUGCUGUUGAGUCUAUGUAUGGGUUGGACGAUAGGCAGAAUGAAGAAAUCUCAUAGCAGACCUCUUCAAUGGGAUUCCACUCCAACAUCUACUGGCAUUGCUGUAGUAGUUGUUGUUACACAGACCUUUUUAUUAAUUUGGGAACAGUUUGAAGAUACAGAUCAUCACAGCUACCAUUCACACCAUGGCUUAGCAAGCGGACUGCUUAUUGGCCUCAGAGUUUGCCUAGGUUUGUCACUGGCUGCUGGUCUUUAUCAGAUCAUCACAGUGGAGAGAAGCACGCUGAAAAGGGAGUUCUAUAUCACCUUUGCUAAAGCCUGCAUUCUCUGGUUUUUGUGCCACCCAUGUCUUGCAACCGUUUCUGUAAUAUUCAGAGAAUAUCAAAGGGAAAAGAUUAUUACCAUAGGCGUUAUCCUCUGUCAGUGCAUCUCCAUGGUUAUCCUCUACAGACUUUUUCUCUCUCAUAGUCUAUAUUGGGAAGUAUCUUCACUGUCAUCAGUGACAUUGCCACUAACAGUAUCCUCUGGACAUAAAAAUCGACAUCGCUUCUGAGAUGUUUAAUAAGAAUAUGUUAUGUUAAAAAAAUGUGCAAUAGUGAUCUAAAGAUGCAAGUAUUUUUGUCACAGGUAUGUGAUACAUUGGUUUCACUGGAAAACUGGGUGAUAGUAUCAGAGCAUUUCAUGGAACUUUGGUCUGACACGGUCCUUAGGUUAAUCUGUUUAAGUAUUGUUAUGUGGAAAAAUCUGUAAUUUGAGUAAUUUCCUAAAUACGAUGUGUGUGCAGCACGGGUGCUGAGCCAUAUGACAGGAAAGUGUAAGGAAUCUUUCCUCCCCCAUUCACAGCCACAGAAAAUGUCCUUACUUUAUAUCAAUACUAGGUUUGUAAGUGUUAUAAAAUAUGGUUCUUAAAAUGUCUACAAGCUCAAACAAGUCUGAUAUAGGCCAGUUGUGAAAUUGAUGCAAUACCUUACAAUGAAUACAAGUUUUUUGGUUUGGUUUUUUUUUUUUUCAUGCUUUAGGGAAAAGAUGCAUUUUUAUGUAUAAGUAUAAAGGAAAUGGAAACAAAAGAGGGAAAGUCCACUAAAAACGUAUAUAAAAUGUUUACAACUAUCUACAGGAAACCUUACUUUAUCAUUGGUGUGAAAUAAAAGCUUUUUUUUUUGCAAA